CAGGUUCACCCAAGAUGUCCAGUGUGCUGGGCCGAAUCAGAAACGUUAGAGCAUCUCUUUCUCUUUUGUCCGGUGGCGAGGGCACUUUGGGACCUCUCGGGAUUGGAGUUUCUAGGCCAGGGUUUGCCUACCCAUACUUUCCCUCUGUUUCUGAAACGUGUAAUGGCUCUCAUUCAGCAACCGGAUUUGCUCAUGGCAAUGGUGGCGGUCCUCUGGCGGAUAUGGCGUUCUCGGAACUGGGUGGUGUUUGAAGGCAAACAGUUUGGGAUCCCAGCUUUGAUGCAAAAAUUUUCCCAACAGUAUGAGGAAUGGGUGAGCCUGCCACUGGACCAAAGUCUGCCAUCACCCAGAACGUCUAUCCCCCUGGCUCCACCAGUAGGCGAUACUAGGGUCGUCUGUUUCUGGGAUGGGGCUACCAGGCAGGGUGCUCCCUCAGCUGGUGGUAUGGUGCUUAUGACCUCGAGUCAUGAUCUGCUGCUGGCUAGGGGGGUCAGAUUUCCUGAUAUGAGGGACCCGAUGGUAGUUGAGCUUCUAACUCUUCGGGAGGCUAUUGGCUGGUGUUUGGGGCUGGGGUUUGCGAUGGUUAGGUUUGAGGGGGAUGCCAAGGUGGUUAUCGAUAAGGUGAAUUCGUGGCAGGCUGAUGAUAACCGGGUGGGGGCUAUUCUGGAAGAAGUUCUUCACUACUUUGAGUCUUAUCCGGGGUUGAGUGUUCGGUUUGUAGGUCGGAAUAACAAUAGGAUAGCCCAUAGGGUGGCUAGGAAGGCCCUUUCUUUGUCUCCGGCUAUGAGUCGUGUUUUUGAUUUCCAGACCUGGCUGGGAACCAGGAUGUAAUUAUCUGUUCUUGAAUCAAUAUAAGAUUAUUUUUUGUAAAAAAAAAAAAAAAACUUGGCAUGCUAAUUCUGCAAACUGCACGUGAGAACAAGGACAAUCGUCACCUGUCGGGUUCAGAGAAGAGAGUUUUCUUUCUAUGGAAGUUCCUGGGUGUGAAGAACCAGUUGAUCCCAAUAAUUCGAGUUGUUGGGAGAGGUUCAAUCGUGGAUCAUAUACCACAACACCGUGGAUCAUAUACCACAACACUAACACGCCCCCUCAAACGAAAGCCACUCACAAGGGCUUGAAGUUUGCACAGGUCUGAAGACAAGAAUACCAUGUGCUUAACAAAUGGGGGUCACCGGGUAUUGAACACAAGACCUCUCGGUCACAGAAUGCUCUGAUACCAUGUCAAGAACCAGUUGAUCCUAAUAACUCGAGUUGUUGGAAGAGGUUCAAUCGUGGAUCAUAUACCACAACACCGUGGAUCAUAUACCACAACACUAACACUGGGGAUAAUUCAUUUUAUCUCCACCCCUAUCUUGGUAUUCUUAGUUGAAUUAAUACAUUCAAAGAUGAUCUUUGAUAAGGAGAAUUGCACCCUCCGUAGCACUUUUUUUGUGGGCACACCCACUUUCUACAAGGUUCGACUUUAGUUCUUUGGUUAGUAUCUGUUGGAAAUGUAUAUGAAUAGUUUUGAAAGCUAUAGAGUCUAUAGUGGAAAAACUACCACAUUGGUAGUUUUACUUGGUGAAAUGUGUAUAAAGAUAGGAGCCUCUCUCCUAAGGGCAUGCCCCUUGGGGUGACCCACUUUUGUGGGAGAGGGAGGACCUAACGGAUCACCACACGCGGGCGCGGGCCGUCUGACCGUCCGACCGGUUGGUUGGUUGGUCGGCUCACUUGAGACUAUAUAUAUAUUUUUGGAGAAAUUCCGAACGAAAUUAAUUAUCUAAUAAUUAAUUAUUAAUCGGUUAUUCUGAGGAAUAUUCUAAGGAUAAUUGACUAAAACGGAAUAUUCGAAGGAUAAUCCCUCCGGGUUUAUCUUAACCGACGGUUUUAAUUAAGGAAGUAAUUAUCUUCCUUAAUUAAUCCGACUUAUUCCCCAAGCAAGAGGGUAUAUUCCUAGGGGUUCGGCUCCUAUAAAUAGCCGCCUCCCCAGCCCCUCUAAACACAUCACAACGAGCAGAAACACAAUAGAGAGAGUGUUUAGAGAGCUUCGGUUUUCGCACAAAACCGCUAGUAUUGAGAGGAGCUGUUUUAUCCUGGAGACGACCGGUUGAUAGUCUGCCGUGCGCAACGUAGGCAGUACCGCGAACGUCUUAAAGAGAGCGACCUAGUCCGCAACUCAGCUCCAGAUUCGGUAACCUCGUUCCUUUUGUUGUUCCGUUCCUAACAGUAUCUAUUCACAAUCUAACCAUUUGUUAACAAGUUUUUUUCUCGUCAAAAGCCGACAGAAGAUCGAGAAUCAGCUAUGCUUCAUAAGGCACUCUACCUUUGGAUUUGGUCUCUAGUUUUGGCUGGUAGGUUAGAUUGUAUAUCUUCAUGUUUCGGCAUGUGUUAUACUUCCUGAAAUUGUAUUCUUUAGCAUCGAAACCAUUAGUAUAUGGAGGUUCUCGGCGAGGAACUCACCAAUUCCAAUUUCCCCUGUGCAGAGGGCGAAGGGACCUUAAGGUAAAAACACAAUUAAAUCAUAUGGGCUAUACAAAGUAGAGAAGGGAGGACGGAUGGGCUUAGCUAAAAAAAUUCAUACGAGGUCAUAAUGAAUAAAAAAGGAUUUA